AAAAAUAAAAAUUAAUAGUUAUCAUUUUUUUUGGAAUUAUUUCACUUUACAGAAAAAUAUGUUCUAUUGGGAUACUAAAAAAUAUAAUAAUAAAGAUAAUACUGAAGAAAAUCAUUCUUAUGAAUCAAAUAAAAGCCUUUCACAUUCCAAAUUAUUAAGUCAAACUCCAAAAACACCAUCAGCAACAAAUUGGGUUCUUCAGGCAUUUAGAGACCAUUUUUUUUACGUAAUUUAUUCAGGAAAAAAAACAUAUCUUAAAGAAAAUAACAAUACUCUUUGCAAAGAUCAAUUUAAUUCUUCUAUAAAAACUGAUUUCAUUACUAAAACAAGGCCUAUUGACACAUUAAAGACAAUUGACAAUAAAAAAAGCGAUAUAGAAAAAAUAGAGCAUACUAGUGUCGAUAAAAAAGAAUGCAAGGAAAAUAUUCAAAUUUCUGACAUCAAAACCCCAAAAAGGCAAAAUAGUAUACUUAGACCUCCAGGAACAAAUGGCACACGUAAAACUGUUUCUUUUUAUGAUGUUUAUGAGCAUGAUAAUGGCACAUACGACUCGGAAGAAAAUAAAACAUAUUUUUUUCGAAAAUUUCCAGGAAAAUUUCCUAGUCCAUAUUUAUCCAAAUCAAAAAACUUUGAAGCAGAUAAAACAUGUGCAAAUACUAUUUUUUCCAGUGAUUUUAAAGCUAUUGCAUCAAAUUCCAAAAAGUCUCCAACAAAUAUACUUUAUCAACAAAUUAACUCUAUUACUCAAAAUAAUCAGAAACUAAGACUUUUAAUUUCAGAAAUCUCCGAAGAAACAAGCAUUUUUCAUGAUCAUUUGGAAAACAAUACAUCUAAAUUCAAUAUUACAGAUAAUAUAAAAGAUCAUCUAUCAUCUGGUAAAUACUGGAAAACUAAAUUUGAAACGUUAAAUAUUCUUAAAAAAAAUCUUGAAAACGAAAAUCAAUUCUGGAAAUCUAAAUGUUUUCAUUUAGAAAAACAACUACAAAAAUUAUCUAAAAUAGAUUUAAUGCAUUCUAAAAAAAAUGAUGUUGGAAAUGAUCUAUUUAUAAAAGAGUCUAGAAGAGAGAGUUUGUCAGGAAAUAGCUUUCCUGAAAAUAUAUUAGAAAAUAUCAAAAACGAUUUAAUUGAUGAUAUAGGGGAUAUCAAAAUACAAACAAUCGAAAAACCAAAUAUUCAUCUUGUAACUCAAAAUUCAGAUAAAAACAUUCAAAUAGAAAACUCAGAAAAAGAAUUUUGCAAUCUUAAAACAUCUUUAAACAAUGCAUGCUAUUUAUUUAAAAAUAAUGACAAUAAACAUCCGAAAGUUAAUAUAAAUAUGAAUCAUCGUGAAAUAAAUAAAAAUAAAAAAUCAAUGAAAGAACUUAAUACAAAGAACGAUUUUUCAAAUUAUCAGAAAAAAUGUAAAGAUCCUGAUACUAUUAUAUUUAAUUGUGAUACUUCUGAUAAAAAAAUAAAAAAUAAAAAAACCAUUAAUCAAAAUUUUACAGAAUUAUCUACUAAAAAAGGAGAUAGUAGGAAUGACAAUUCAGACACUUUUAAAAAGGAUAUUUUAGAUAAAAAUUCUAACUUUUCAAAAUCUAUCACCAAUAACACAUAUCAUUUUAAAAAUUCUCAACAACUUCAGGAAAUAAUUAAUGAAAUUCCAGAAAACUUGCAAUAUCCAACAAAACCAUUUUCUAAUGUUCUUGAUCCAAUAUCUAGAAAAGCAGCUGCUGCAAAACGAUUAGAGGAGCGUCGAAAAAAUAAGGACAAAGUAGAUAAAAUUAAACAAAAUAAUUUAGAGAAAGAAAAUAUUAAUCAUUUUUCUACAUAAACACA